CAGCUUCCCUUCUUCAACAUCCCCGACAUCCACCCCUCCACGGCCUAAAUACGGAUAUAGGCCGAAUUUUAACGUGUCAAUGCGCUAGACACGACGGAUUACACCCUGCACGAAGCUUCACGUUUCGAGAUAGCGUUGCGCAAUGAAUAUUCCCAACUCCUCGACGGCACCGAACGCGAACGAGUAUGCUGGAGAUGAGGUCUCCGCCAUAGUUCUUGACCCCGGCUACUCGACCACGCGGGCAGGCUUCGCCGGGGAAGACGUUCCUAAGUCCGUCUGCCCAUCCUUCUAUGGCCACAUCGACUCUGACUCGAGCCCGCAAUACUUCUUUGGCGAAAAUGCGAUACACAACCCUGUCCCCAACCUCGAAAUUAAGAACCCUUGGGGCUCAGAUGGCAUUGUCGAAGAUUGGGACACGGCGACAAAGAUUUGGGAAUAUGCCAUCACAUCGCGCCUUACGGGCUCAAAGCCAGGAAACCCGGGAAAGAAUGGGCUGAACGAUGCGAAUGGUGAUGAUAUGGAUAUCGACAUAGAAGGUCUCGAGAACAUGGAGAAGCCGCUGGAAGAGAGCCCGCUAUUGAUGACAGAGCCGGGAUGGAAUUCGCAGAAGGCGAGGGAAAAAUGCAUCGAGAUUGCCAUGGAGGAGUGGGGUACGCCGGCAUUCUAUCUGCAAAAGACUGGGGUUCUAGCGGCGUUUGCGUCGGGGAAGGCUUCGGGUAUAAUCAUUGAUGUUGGGGCCUCAAUUACCUCAGUUACGCCGGUGCUGGAUGGCAUGGUACUAAAAAAGGGCGUCCAGAAGUCACCGCUCGCCGGAAACUUCGUCUCCAACCAGAUCCGCAUGAUCUUCAAGCAAUCACAGCCCGAAAUCCCCCUCACACCGCACUACAAGGUAGCCUCUAAAACUCAAGUCGAUGCUGGUGCACCAUCGCAGGCUAUAUACAAGAGUUUUGAGAUACCGCUAAUGGAAUCCUUCCAUCGACACGAGGAAGAGCGCGUCCUGACCGAGUUCAAAGAGUCAGUCGUGGAAGUGUGGCCUGGACCUGGUCGCUUCAGCAAUGGCACUAAUGAAGAGAUUGCCAAGUCCCAGCCUGGUAGGCCAUUUGAGAUGCCAGAUGGCUGGAACCAGGUUUUCGGCGUAGAUAGAUAUAGGGCCGCAGAAGCGUUGUUCGAUGCCGGUGCUGCUCUGCAGGAUGCUGAGAACCCACGCCCAAAGGAUGAGCACACCAUUCCCCGGCUUGUUCAAGCAGCCAUACAACAGGUGGAUACCGAUCAGCGACCCCUUCUUCUCCAGAACAUCGUUGUCACAGGUGGCUCGACUCUGCUCUAUAAGUUCAACGAUCGUUUGAACUACGAAAUUAACGCGAUCUAUCCCUCAACUCGUAACAAACUAAUUGCACCGGGUUCUGUGGUCGAACGCAAGUACGCGGCAUGGAUUGGAGGCAGCAUCCUUGCGAGUUUGGGUACUUUCCACCAGCUUUGGAUUUCAAGGAAAGAGUAUGAAGAGCACGGAGUCAAUAUCGUGGAAAAGAGGUGUAAGUGAGAUAAUGCGGUAUGGAGAAUCGGUCUUGAAAAGCACUCUGCCUGGCGUCGAGGAGUCAAAAGCUGGGCGGCUCAGCG